GUAAACUUCCACAUUGAUACAAAAGACUGAUAAUGUGAAGCUUCAGUAUUGGGGAAUGCACACAGUGUUGUCCACUCAAUCUAUGAUUAGAACCAUUGGAACACUCACAAAAUGAGUCAUAGAAUGUCACAUCCACAUUGCUUAGUAACAGAUUCCAUGGGUGUCAAUGUGGGUUUAAUAAACAAAACAAUCACCAUUACCUUUCAAAUCUGUCUUGCUUGAGAACAGAGCCUGAAGUGACUGAGCCGAAGGCAAUUUGAACCUUUUAACAUCUGCUCAGUUACUCAAAAUGACCUGUUUGCCAGGCUGUUGUGAUGCAGAUCCAUAUUUUGCAUGGGGUAAGCAAUGCAUUUUAAAAAGCUAGAUUAGCCUACAAGUAGCUAUUUGUUUGUUUUCAUGCUAUUGAAGCGCAACACGUUUUUUUUAUCCACAUCUAAUGAGAACAAGUUAGAACAUAUGUAUUUAGAGAAAAGCACAACGAUACAGUAACGUUAUACUAGAAAGUGAUAGCUACACUAACAUUUGAUUUUGGCUAUGUAGUGGUGGAUGAGCCAAGUAAUGGAAUCUCAACCAUAUGGCCCAUGCCUGUCGGUUGCCACCACCAACAACAAACAACUCUGUCAACAUCAGUGCCCAUUGCCAGUCCAAUGAAGGGGGAUUUCAACUCCACAGUCGGACCUGCAUCCCCCACUGAGCCAACGUACAGUCCCCCCAAUCUAACUGGGACAACAGCUGGUUCAGAACCAAAGGUGAAGGUCAAAUCUCCCCCAAACAGAAUGUCAGAGAAAAUGAAGAACAUUCUGAUCCGCCAAGGAUCAGAGAAUCCUGAGCUCACAAUUCUGCCCAGCAACAGGCAGAGUGCCCUGGUUCGCCUGGCGGGUCAGUUAGAACCAGGAGAUAUCCCUUCUUCUGUACCCGUCCGUUUCAAUGCCAUCCCUGGGUAUGGAUCACAACCUGUGACACAAGUAGUUUCACAUCUAGCUGCUGCUCCUCCUGCUACUCCAGGGGCACUCAUCAAGGCCUCCAGUCCUCCCCCAAUGACAGUGUCCCUACCUCCAAUCCCUGAGAGUGUGUCGGGCUGCACCAGCCACUGUACCAUCAAGAUAAAGCUGGACAACCCCAGUGCAGGGAUAGUGGUGCUGCAGAAGGUCAGCCAGCCCGUCCAAUUCUCCAGCCCCCCCUUUGCAGGCCACAGAUCAGACGUGGUAGGGAUGUUACCCUUCAGCCAUCCACCUGGGGUCAAGGUCACAGUGGUCAACCCUGUCUCUGUGGGAAUGGUACAGCAAAGAUGCAGCAAGGCAGACAGCUAAACUUUACUUGACCCUUUGGUGGAUCUUCAAUUGCAAAUAAAACCACUCCUUGCAAACAUA